CUUCAUUCUUCUUCUCUCCCCCGCCCCCCUCCCCCUUCUUUUAAAUCCUGCAGUUCCCUGCAGCUUCAAUUUUUCUUUCAUGCUUAGCCUCGCCCGCAAGACCUUAAACCGCGUUCCCAGCUUUCAGGAUAUCCUACAAGGCAGGAUGACCCACCCAGACAUCUCCGUUGACGUUCUCGUUAUUGGUGCCGGCCCUACCGGUCUCGGUGCCGCGAAGCGUCUGAACCAGAUCGAUGGCCCCUCGUGGUUGAUCGUCGACAGCAACGAGACCCCCGGUGGUCUGGCUUCGACCGAUGUGACCCCUGAAGGCUUCCUUUACGACGUCGGUGGUCACGUUAUCUUCUCCCACUACAAGUACUUCGAUGACUGCAUCAACGAGGCCCUCCCCAAGGAUGACGACUGGUACAGCCACCAGCGUAUCUCCUACGUUCGUUGCAAGAACGAAUGGGUCCCCUACCCCUUCCAGAACAACAUCUCCAUGCUUCCCAAGGAGGAGCAGGUCAAGUGCAUUGAUGGCAUGAUCGACGCUGCCAUCGAGGCUCGCGUCUCCAACGUCAAGCCCAAGAACUUCGACGAGUGGAUCGUCCGUAUGAUGGGUACCGGUCUGGCCGACCUGUUCAUGAGACCUUACAACUACAAGGUCUGGGCUGUGCCCACCACCAAGAUGCAAUGUGCCUGGCUGGGCGAGCGUGUCGCUGCCCCCAACGUCAAGGCCGUGACCACCAACGUCAUCCUCAACAAGACCGCCGGUAACUGGGGUCCCAACGCUACUUUCCGUUUCCCCGCCCGCGGCGGUACCGGUGGCAUCUGGAUUGCCGUCGCCGACACUCUCCCCAAGGAGAAGACUCGCUACGGUGACAAGGGCAAGGUCAGCAAGGUCAACGCCAGCAACAAGACCGUCACCAUGGCGGAUGGCACCACCAUCGGCUACCAGAAGCUCGUGUCCACCAUGGCCGUGGAUGCCCUCUCUGAGCAGAUGGGCGACCAGGAGCUCGUCUCCCUCAGCAAGGAGCUCUUCUACUCCUCCACCCACGUCAUCGGUGUUGGUAUCCGUGGCUCUCGUCCCGAGCGUAUCGGCGACAAGUGCUGGCUGUACUUCCCCGAGGACAACUGCCCCUUCUACCGUGCCACCAUCUUCUCCAACUACUCCCCCCACAACCAGCCCGAGGCUGGCAAGAAGCUGCCCACCCUCCAGCUGGCGGAUGGCUCCAAGGCCCCGAGCUCUGAGGAGAAGGAGGGCCCCUACUGGUCCAUCAUGCUGGAGGUCUCCGAGUCCUCCAUGAAGGCGGUCAACCACGAGACUCUCCUCGCCGACUCGAUCCAGGGUCUCGUCAACACUGAGAUGCUGCAGCCCGGCGACGAGAUCGUCUCCACCUACCACCGCUGCUUCGACCACGGCUACCCCACCCCCUCUCUGGAGCGUGAGGGUGCCCUCACCAAGAUGCUGCCCAAGCUCCAGUCCAUGGACAUCUGGUCGCGUGGCCGCUUCGGCAGCUGGCGCUACGAGGUCGGCAACCAGGACCACUCCUUCAUGCUCGGUGUGGAGGCUGUCGACAGCAUUGUCAACGGUGCCGUUGAGCUGACCCUGAACUACCCCGACUUCGUCAACGGCCGGCAGAACACCGAGCGUCGUCUGGUCGACGGUGCUCAGGCGUUUGCCAAGAGCAAGGCUUCGCAGUAAAUGCACCCCUUUCUUCUUAUAGACUUGUUCAGGUUUAAUACGAGAUGUCUGGUGGAGUUCAAAAACAACAAAAAAAAAAAAAAAAGAGCCUAGAUAAAGAUUUACGGUCUACGGGUUGUUAAUAUUUCUUUUUCAUUUUACCCAUUUCAUUUAUUUUCUUUUUUUUCUUUAUUUAUUUUAUUUUACCUUUUUUUUAUUGGAAGCGAUGCCUGAAGACGUUUGAUUGCUGGCAUUUUACGGUGAUGAGCAUCGUCAAUCGCAUUUACCUCGGAAUUUAUAAACCUUUUCCCUAGAUGAAUGGACAUGCAUUUUGGCUUGGUUGUUCUGCUGCAGCAUCGCGUUAAUGGUAUGCAUAGAGUAGCCUCCUCGUUCAGCAAGAUAGAC